AUGAAGACCUUCAUCUUUCUGGUUUUCAUUGGAGCUACUGCUGAUAUCCCUGCUGAUGAUAGUGUCGACAAUAUUAUCGGAGGCUACAUGUGUGAGAACAACUCUGUCCCCUACCAAGUAUCCCUGAAUGCUGGCUACCGCUUGUGUGGGGGCUCUCUCAUCAGUGACCAGUGGGUACUGACUGCCGCUCACUGCUAUAAGCCCCAACUACAGAUCCGUCUGGGAGAAUUCAACAUUCGUGAUGUCGAGGGUGGUGAGCAAAUCAUUAAUGCAGCCAAGAUCAUCUCUCACCCCAAGUACGACAAUGACACCACUGAUAAUGACAUCAUGCUAAUUAAACUGAACACACCAGCCACCAUCAACUCUCAAGUGUCCACUGUCUCUCUGCCAAGAUCCUGUCCAUCUGUGGGUAUUGACUGCCUUGUGUCCAGCUGGGGUGACACAAUUAACAUUGGAUACGACCUAUCUUCACAUCUUCUUUGUCUGAAUGUCUCCAUCCUGUCAGACUCUGUUUGCCACAGUGCCUACCCACAUAAGAUCACAAGAAACAUGUUUUGUGUCGGCUUCCUGGAAGAAGAUAGUUGUGAGGAUGAUUCUGGUGGUCCCGUGGUUUGCAAUGAAGAGCUCCAAGGUAUUAUCUCCUGGGGCACUAGCUGUGGUGAGGAUAGGAAACCUGGGGUGUACACCAAAGUGUGCAACUACCUGGACUGGAUUCAACAGACCAUUGAUGCCAACUGA